AUGGGCCAGUUACCAGAACCACGCGUUAGACCAUCUCGUCCCUUUCUCCACACUGGUGUAGACUACGCAGGACCUCUCACUAUCAAAACCUGGAAAGGAAGAGGAACAAAGACACACAAAGGCUGGGUUUGUGUGUUUGUCUGCUUCGCCACCUCAGCAGUACACCUCGAAGCCGUAAGUGAUUACACCACUGAAUCAUUUAUUGCUGCGUUCCGUAGAUUUACCGUUCGACGAGGCAUUUGUGAAACAUUGUACUCAGACUGCGGAACCAACUUCACGGGAGCAGAUGCCACUCUCAAGACCAUGUUCUCAAAAGCCUCCUCACAAAACCAGGUCAUCGCCGAACUCCUCUUGAAAGAAGGUACUAACUGGUGCUUCAACCUGCCAGCAGCUCCUCACAUGGGAGGAAAAUGGGAAGCAGCAGUGAAGUCUUUCAAGUAUCACCUCGCCCGGGCUACUAAGGAUCAGCCAUUCACCAUGGAAGAGCUGAUUACACUCCUCACCCAGAUCGAAGCCAUUCUCAACUCAAGACCUCUCGAACCGCUCAGCGAUGAUCCUGAAGACUGCUCCGCUCUCACACCAGGUCACUUCUUAAUAGGUACAGCACUGAACACCGUACCUGAGCCAUCUCUCGAAGACCUCUCGACUGUCAAGAUGGCAGUUUAUUCAGCAACGCACCCAGCAGUUCUGGUCCAAAUGGUCAACUCAAUUCCUACAGCGUCACCUCUCAAUCUCAAAGUGGCACCAUCCAGCCCAUGA